GGAUAAUGGGGGUGAUUACCUCACAGAGCCCCCAUGACAAGGCCCUCAUCACACAAGUCUGGCUCACACGACCCCAGCAGUGCAAGAGAGAGAGAUGGAAUUAGGAAAAACGGCCAUGUUUGGCACCGGCUGAAAAUUCCCCUCCUGGGGAAGAGGGCCACAGCAUCAGGGGGUGCAUGGGCUCGCAGGGGACAAGGAGGCCCCCCUUUGGCUGCCCCGACGGCGAACCUGCAGCAGGCGCCCCUCCCAGCUCGGCGGUAGCGGCAGCGGCAGCAUGUCUGUGGUCGGCAUCGACCUCGGCUUCCUCAACUGCUACAUCGCCGUGGCGCGAAGCGGCGGCAUCGAGACCAUCGCCAAUGAAUACAGCGACCGGUGUACCCCGGCUUGUAUAUCUUUAGGAUCCAAAACUCGAACCAUUGGGAAUGCAGCCAAAAGUCAGAUUGUUACAAAUGUAAGAAAUACAUUACAUGGCUUCAAAAAACUUCAUGGACGGUCUUUUGAUGAUCCCAUUGUGCAAACUGAAAGGGUUAAGCUUCCUUAUGAACUUCAGAAAAUGCCAAAUGGAAGUACAGGAGUUAAGGUACGGUACCUAGAAGAAGAUAGGCCUUUUGCAAUCGAGCAGGUCACUGGAAUGCUAUUGGCCAAACUUAAGGAGACUUCAGAAAAUGCUUUGAAGAAGCCUGUGGCAGAUUGUGUGAUUUCAAUUCCUAGUUUCUUCACUGAUGCUGAGAGAAGGUCCGUGAUGGCAGCUGCACAAGUUGCUGGCUUAAAUUGUUUAAGGCUGAUGAACGAAACCACUGCAGUUGCAUUAGCAUAUGGAAUUUAUAAGCAAGAUCUUCCACCUUUAGAGGAGAAACCAAGAAAUGUAGUAUUUAUUGAUAUGGGGCAUUCUGCCUACCAAGUCUCAGUUUGUGCUUUUAACAAGGGAAAACUUAAGGUCUUGGCUACUACUUUUGAUCCAUAUCUGGGUGGCAGGAACUUUGAUGAUGCUUUAGUAGAUUACUUCUGUGACGAGUUCAAGGCAAAGUAUAAACUGAAUGUGAAAGAUAAUUCUCGAGCCUUGUUGCGCUUAUACCAAGAAUGUGAAAAACUAAAGAAACUGAUGAGUGCUAAUGCAUCUGACCUUCCACUGAACAUUGAGUGUUUCAUGAAUGAUCUUGAUGUUUCUAGUAAAAUGAACAGGGGUCAAUUUGAACAGCUUUCUGUUUCUCUCUUGGCCAGAGUGGAACCACCUUUAAAAGCUGUAAUGGAACAAGCAAACUUGAGCCGUGAUGAGAUAAAUAGUAUAGAAAUUGUGGGAGGUGCGACCCGAAUCCCUGCAGUGAAGGAGCAGAUCACCAAGUUCUUUCUUAAAGAUAUAAGCACCACAUUAAAUGCUGAUGAAGCUGUUGCAAGAGGAUGUGCAUUGCAGUGUGCAAUUCUAUCACCAGCCUUUAAAGUUCGUGAAUUUUCCAUCACAGAUGUUGUUCCCUAUUCAAUAACAUUAAGAUGGAAGUCAUCUUUUGAGGAUGGAACUGGGGAAUGUGAAGUGUUCUGUAAGAACCAUCCUGCUCCAUUCUCAAAAGUUAUUACCUUUCACAAGAAGGAACCAUUUGAACUAGAAGCAUAUUAUACGAGUCCACAUGAAGUGCCUUAUCCUGAUCCCCGAAUUGGGAACUUCACUAUUCAGAAUGUUUUUCCCCAGUCUGAUGGUGACAGUUCCAAAGUGAAGGUUAAAGUACGUGUUAAUAUCCAUGGUAUCUUCAGUGUGGCUAGUGCAUCGGUAAUUGAGAAGCAAAGUUUGGAAGGGGAUCACAGUGAUAUACCCAUGGAAACAGAAUCAUCAUUUAAGAAUGAAGGCAAAGAUGAGAUGGACAAAAUGCAAGUUGACCAAGAAGAGGGCCAUCAAAAAGGCCAUGCUGAGCAUACCCCAGAAGAGGAAAUUGAUCACACGGGUGCUAAGACAAAGCCACUGCAUCCAGACAAGCAAGAUAGAGCAACCCAAAGUGUUAAAAAAGGAAAAGUCAAGAGUAUUGAUUUGCCUAUCCAGAGUACCCUGUACAGACAGCUGGGCCAAGAUCUCAUCAACAGUUAUAUAGAAAAUGAGGGAAAGAUGAUCAUGCAGGACAAGUUAGAGAAAGAAAGAAAUGAUGCCAAGAAUGCUGUUGAAGAGUAUGUGUAUGAUUUCAGAGACAAGCUGUGCAAUGUCUAUGAAAAAUUUGUCACUGCAGAAGAUUCAAAUAAGCUGUCUUCAGUGUUGGAAGAUACUGAAAAUUGGCUUUAUGAAGAUGGAGAAGAUCAACCAAAACAAAUUUAUGUGGAUAAACUUCAUGAAUUAAAGAAAUAUGGCCAGCCUAUUCAAAUUAGGUACAUAGAACAUGAAGAGAGACCGAAAGCUUUAAAUGACUUGGGAAAGAAGAUCCAACUACUCAUGAAAGUGGUAGAAGCAUUCAAGAAUAAGGAUGAAAAAUACGAUCACUUAGAUGCAGCUGACAUGGAAAAGGUGGAAAAAUUUAUUAAUGAAGCUAUGAAUUGGUUGAACAGUAAGAUGAAUGCACAAAAUAAAUUAAGCCUCACUCAAGACCCUGUGGUGAAAGUAGCAGAAAUAGUCGCGAAGUCCAAGGAGCUGGAUAAUUUUUGUAACCCCAUCAUUUACAAGGCCAAACCCAAAGUGGAGGUAUCUGAAGACCAAGCAAAAGCGAAUGGCGAACACAAUGGACCAAUGAAUGGACAGAGUGGGCCUGAAAGUAAGCCUGAUGCAGCCAAGGAAAGUUCCCCACAUACUAAACCUUCUACUGGAGAGAUGGAAGUGGACUAAGGCGUCGGGUCUCCAUCACAUAUUCAGACAGUGCAAGUAAUUGCAGGGCCCAUUCUUCUUUGCAUCUGGGACACCCAACAGAUGUUCUGUUGUUCUUAGCCAUUUUUGUCAUUUGUUCUUUGCAGUAGUUUUGAAAAGUGUUUUAUAUUGAGUGCACCUCUGAUGUUCAUUUCCAAUGAUUAAUGCUGCUUAGGUGAAGCUUUAGCUGAAUAGAUUGUAUAAGUCAGUUUAAGCUUUCCCAUUGUAUCUUAUGUCAGACUUGCAGAAUUGAUAGAAAGAUGGCAACAAUCUACCUUAUUUAAAGCUUCUCUUGUGGAUAAACCUCAGCUCCUUUAUUCAGGAAAGGACACUGUAUUGCACUACUGAUGCAGAAGUGUAGAUUUAAUUGCAUCGUUAUUUUUGAAAAAAAAAAUUGGAAUUGAAAUGGUUUAAAGCCAUUGAAGCACUGACCUUUUUCUAGUUAUUGUAUUGUUAUAAUUUAAAUAUUAAAACAAAUAAGAGGUUAGCUGACAAAACUAGUCCAUCUCAUUGAUGUAUUGUGAGAAAUUCAAGGUUUUCUUGUCAUUGUCACACAGAUGAACAAAAACAUGAAUUUUGAAAAGAAAACUCAAAUUUCAAAAAGAAAACACAAUUUUGAGUUGUGGUGACACCAGCAAUAAUAUUUCCUUUACCAAAAACAUGGCUUUGAUUUCUUGCUUGUCAUUUUACCUUUACUUUGCAAGAGAUGAUCUGCUUUGGCUGAAGACAAGCUGACCUGCUUUGGCUGAAGACAAGCUAAUGCUGCUGCUGCUGCUAAAAUGUUAGCUUAAUGACUAUGAGAAUUUCCAGAGAAAAUAACUUCAACUUCCUAGCUAAAAGAAGAAAGCAUUGCUAACUUAUAGUCAGGCUUGCUGCUCUGUGCUCUGAUCUUGGCAAUUUUCUUUAGAUUUAAAUGGUACUUAGGUUUUUAAAAAUGUCUAGUGAGCUUAUAUUUCCAAGUGAGGGAGAAAUAAUGCAACUACUCUUAGCAUAUCCUUCACCCACUCCUCUUUAACAUGAUGAUUCAUGUUGUUACACUGCACAAGAAAGCCCUUCUGCUACAGUCUUUGGAAAGUCUUGUGACUAGUAUGUAGUAUAGACUGUUGUAUAAUACAAACUGGCAAUAUUAAUUAAGCUUUCUUUAUAAUUUCUACCAUUAUGCGAUUCAUUCAAAAUUGGGCCCACCAAUUUGAUGCUUCUAAUUUAAAUUAAUUGUGAAGGAGGCUGUAAGUUACCAAUAUUUACCAAUAAAUACCAGUAUUUCUAUGAACAUAUCUGUGCUUUUAACCAUCUGAUAUCCCCAGUAGCCCAGUACUGCCCCCAAACCUAAGCCGCCAAAUUCAGAGUGAACAUAUAUUGAAAUGAUUUUAACACCAUAGAAAAAUUGCAGAAAAAAAUCUUUAGCUGUUUGAGGUAAUUGUAGAUAUUUACAUUAGGGUGAUAGGAUCUAGUUUUAGAUAUUCCUAUGUUUAAAUUUUUUUUUCCAUACCUAUGCAAAUCAAAAGUUCUGAGCACAGUGUCUUUAUGGAAAUAUUCAGUAUUUCUCAAAAUUAGUUCUCUAAAAUAGGAAUAUUUUAUUAUUAUAGUUGUAAUCUAGGCUAAAAGAAGUAUGUUUAGCCAUGGUAUUUUAUGUGAGGAUUUUAACUCAGACUUGUUUUACUAUUAAGAAGUCUACACUGAGUUUCUGACAUCUCAGAACACCUUCCAUCUAUCUUGUUUUAAUCCUCUUAAAGUUAUUUAACUAUGAACUAUAUUUGAAACAGAUAAAAUCACUUGUAUUUUCCAUUUGUUUGUUUUGGUUUGAACUUAAGAACUGUUGUAAAGUAAUACCUAAGGACCAUGGAGAAUUUAAUCUUCAAAAGAUAAUCAAAACUGCCAGGUCAGAGUAGGAGCAUGGGGUUAAUCCUAGGGACCAGACAUCUACUCUCGGACUUAACGAUAUGUUGUAUGUCCAUAUGUUAAAUAUAUGUGGGCACAUAGAAACAUGUUUCAUUCCUAUGUGUAAAUUUUGCACCUUAUACAUAUAUGAAGAGCAAGGCUUUCCUUCUCUCCUCCUCUCCUUUACCAUCCCAGCCUGUAAUCUUCAUAUUGAAUAAAUCUGGAUCUUGGGAAUAGAGACUGAGAAAGAGUCACUCUUGGUUAAGAAUGUAUUAAGUUAAACAUAAAAUCAUUUCUCCUAGCUUUCUGGAUGAUGAUGGAGCACUAUACCACCAGUAACUAAUACUUCUGAUUUACCCAAAAGUUUAUUACUAUAUGGGCCCUUUUCCUAUAAUUUUAUUGGCACAUAGUAAGAUGUUUGGGGAUUUCUUUUUUAAAAUUAUCUAUAAUAUAAAGAUAUUUGUAAUACAUAGUAAGAUAGGUCCAUAUAGAGUUUAAGACAAAUAAUCCAAUAUGCUUUUUUACUUCUGUGCUAGAGAUUGUCAAAAUAAAAAUGAACUUCCUAUUAUACAAAUUGUUUAGUUUUAAAAAAAGCAAAAUUGUCAAAUUUAAAAUUUUUUAAAGUCAUCAGCCUAGUAAACUUAAAACCUAGUGGUUAUUAAUUGGGGGUAAGAGGAGAAUAAGGCUAAAAUGGGACAGGAAAAGAUGAGAGAACAGAUCUGAAAUGACUGCAUUUUGAGAACCCCCCAAAAUAAGUGGCAUGAGAACUGGGCAGUCUGAGCAACAGACAGCCAGUUUUUAAAAUUGAAAGAUAAGGGGAGAAUAUUUCCCUUGGGUUUGUUUAAAGGAAAACCAUAAAGGCAAAGCAAUAGAUAUACUAAGUUAAUUUUCAUUUUAAUGUAAAUGACUAAGGGAAUACUCCUUGGGGGAAGACAACAGUGUUUAAUUUAUGCGGGAUCAAACCUCCAGAGGAGAAAAAUGUUCUUUAUUAGAAAACCCUAGGGACUCAGUUAUCAGUAAUAUAAAACUAAAGCAUUAAAACACUCAAGAUAAAGACAGUAAAAUAUUGUAUAAAUUUGUAUUGUUUCCGCUUAGCCCUUUUUAGACAUGGCCAUCCUACUUUGUGUGCCUUUCCUAAUCAAUUUAAAUUAUUUUAAAGGCCUACAUCCUAUUAGAAUUUUUUCUGGGCUUGACUUAUUGGUGUUGGUAGUUGAAAAAUACUUGUAUAUUUUUAAUGAUAAACUUAACAUGUUUCCUUGCAUGUAAGGAAUAAAUCCCUAAAUAAAACCCACAUUAUUUCCUAAAGUAGAACCAAAUGAAUAUUAAUAGGCAGUAAAAAAAAAAAAAAAUUUGUUUUAUCUCCCCUUCUACCUCUGUCAAAAGUAAUUCUACCUUUGGCUUUCCUCGUUUUUCUUGUUUUUUGUUUUGUGUAUUUGGAAUUACUUGUAUACAUACAUGCAUUUGUGUAGUUAUAGUCAGGGUAUAUACAGUUAUGAUUCUGCUCAUUCUACAAAUAUUUAAAACAUUAUGUUAUAUUGUGGUAGAAUAGAUUUUGAACAUUUUAUGAUAUUACUAGGAAAAGGUGUGUCUCAUUGUUAGCAGAAACAACGUGUUAAUACUUUACAUUUGAAGUUGUCAGUAGUGUUUCAAAAUUCAAUAUUUAUGAAAUUUGCUUAUGAGGCAUUUAACUAGAAAGCUGCAUAGGUAUUAUCCUUUUUAAGCACAUUUACUUUUUAAUAUUUAAUCACUGUAUUUUCCAGAAUAUUUUUGUUUCUUAAUUUUGGUGACUUGAUGCAAUUUAAAUCAGUGAUCACUUUUGAAAGUGAUUUUUAAAAUCUUUAAAAGAAUUUCAGUUCUAAUGCAUUUUGCCUUCUUAGAUUAUAUUACAGUUUUAUAUCAUAAUAAUAAUUUAGAAAAUUGCUUAUAAAACUUUGUAAAUUUCAAAAAAUUAUCUUCUUUUCUGGACAGUAAGUAGGUUAAGAAUUCAUCCUGCAACCACUAUAGUUAUUUUUAGUCUAAUGUACAGGAUAAUAACCAUAAUACCAAUAAAUAUCCAAAAACAUUUUUUUUCACUAAAAAGGGUAGUUCAGUAAAAUAAAUGGAAAAUACUGCCUUUCCUGCCCCCAAAUCAACAAGUCCAGAAGAGCUGCUCUUAAGUAUUUCCUUACAAAUUUUCGCUUACAGUGAGCUUUUCUUUGCAACUAUAGUUAGAAGAAUACAUUUCCUACCUUGGAAAUUCUGAUUUUCUUCUCUGUUAAUUUCCUUCAAAUUAUGGGUACAUCUUGAAGAUAUGUUUGUAGAAAAGCUUGCAUUGCAGCAAGCAACUUUAUGAAAUGUGGGGUAAGAGAAAGACUGUUUUGCCCACUUUUGCAAGGAAUCUGUACAUGAAGGUCAGUAAUGGCAAUUUGUAGGCAUUUGACAAAUUUAAAUAUAAAUAGAAUGUUCAUUGGCUCACUAAAGUUUGAAAGAAGGAUUUUGACUUAUUUCUAUUUAAAGAAAAACAAUCAAAGAGUAGAAGGUAAAAUAGUCAGUAAAUCUUUGAGGUCUUAUGUAUUUGCUUCUUUGAACUUAAUUAUUAUACCAACUAAUCAGUCCAUUAAAAAAAAGAUUAUUUGUAUGAUAUCUUUUUUUCCUCUUUCACAAGUCACUUGUUCUUUAAACAGAUCCUAUUAUACCCAACCCACAGCAUUAUGUGGGUUCUUGCUUCCUUAGAAAUGGAAAUAUUAUCUAUUUGUUCCAUUUUAUUUAUACUUUGCCUUUAUAGUUUUUUUUAGUUCUUACAGAUUUCACGAUUUUAUUUAAGAAUAGUUUUCAUUUUUAAAGAAUUUUGCUUGCAUUUUUUUAGUCUAUUUUUUUCUUUUAUUAUCUCCAAUUCCCUUUCUUUCAGACACUAAUGUACUAAUAUCCAAUUACUCUCAUGAAUAAUUUGCUUAGCUUUAGUAUCACUUUUUUCUUUUUAACUACUUUUCUAUCGACCCUUUCUUCAGGUUUCUGCUGUUGCUUUUUUUUUUUGUUCAUAUUCAGAGUGUAAUAUUCCUAAAAUGUACUAAGAUAAAUAAUAGAAGUACAGGGUUUUUUCUUUUAUAAUCUCUUUUAAAAUGCUUUAAGGUUUCUUUGAACUGAGUGGAAUAAAUUUUCUGUAACCAUUAUAUGAAAGAACCUUUUUUCUAAAAAAAGAAGAAGAAGAAGAAAGAAAAGAAAAUGUAGAAGCCAAAACUCAAGAAGUCACUUAAACAUUAGCCUGCAUUUCUUUUGCAUAGGUAUUGUAAAUGCUGAUUGUUUUGCUAUUCACUAAGAAACUGCAUUUUUAAAACUUGUUUUUGCUUCUAAGAGGACUCAUUAGUCUAGCAUAUGAAAACAAAAAUUUAUUAGAAAUUGAGAUGGAUAUAAAUGAACUUGAAAAACAUCCCCCCCCCAAAUAUUUGAUAUUCAUUAUUUUUCCUUAUGACCAACUGCAAGAGAAAAUAAUUUUUUUUAAACUCAGCAUCACAUGGUAGGAAGAGGUAAUUAACAUUGUUAAUUGCAAUUACAAUUGUUCUAUCUUUCUUAGCAGCUUAAUUUCCAUUCACAUGGUUUUUUUUUACCCCUGUGAAAAAGGAAGACAGCAAUGUUGUUCUUGAUUCUUUCUGGAAUAUGAAUCAUCCAACAAUUUAGGAGGGUAAAUAUGGGGAGCAUUUUUAUAUGCCUUGCCCAAAUUUUGUAAGAAGACAUCUCAUUUGAAAGCAUUUGUGUGAGAAUUCUGAGUAUGACAACUUGGUAAAGUACCUGAGGUGUGCUAUCUAUUGGAAAACCUAUGUUAGGAACCUUCCCAUGGAAAACUUUGUGAUAAAACUUGAGUAGCCUGAUGACAGUAGCAGUGUCAAAGUUUGAAAGUUUGCUGUGUCUGUAACUUACAGGAGUGAGAACACACACACUGUCAAGCACUUGUGUAAUUAAUAAUAAUGGAGGGAAACGAGUAUGUAAACUAUUAAUUUUGCCUACUUGACAUGUCGUUUUUAUGCAAUUAACCUUAACCUUACUAUGAAAGGUAUAUACUCCACUCCAUCUCUUAUUUCUUAUUGAUGUUGGGUACCAACCAGAUUUGUUUGGAAGAUUUCGAUGGUAAAUGCACUCCAUUCUAUAUGAGGCUAUUUAUUUAAUAUUUUGUCAGUAAUAUUGGCAAAAUAAAACUUGAGACUACAGUGCUUCUAAAAACUAAAAGAUAAAUAAAUGAGUUCUUAAACUUUUGGUAGUUUACUAAUAGGGUAGCAAACUAUUAAACAUUGAUGUGCAUAGGAAAGAUUAUACUCUACCUGCCCAGUCAUAUUCUCUGUCUGUUCUUAGAAUAUACAUGAUGCAUUUGUGAAUUCUAUUUGUUUUUUGUUUGUGUGUAAAUUGUAGGAUUAUGGCUGUACUUCAGGAUUGAUUAUCUUAAGCCAAUGAAUUUUUAAAUUUUUUAAUAGUGUUUUUAGGUGUUUUUCUUUCUACAUUGAAAACAUACAUAUUCUUUGGGAUUGAGAUAAGAGGGACUCAAGGAUGUGCAGAGGUGCUCUCAAUGUUAUAUCUCAACCUUGCUGCUGCUAUUUAUAUAAUAUUUGAAAAAUAUUUCUCCAUAUUGGUAUUAUCAUCAUCUUGUUAACAAACUGCUGUGCUUACAAUAAAUUGUUGUUUGAAUUAGUGAGGAUACAACAA